UUGCGACCAACUUUCAGCAGCAUCAGCAACAGCAGCACCGAGAGGACUAAACGCCAGUCGAGCAAUUGGAUAAAAUGGCUCAACAGCAGCACAGCUGGGAUGGCGGCGAGUCAUCAGCUGGUGGCGCAGGCGGAGGAGGUGGCUAUGGUGGGCAUGGUCAUGGGCAUCAACAAUCCCAUGGGCAUGCACAUGGUGGCGGACACAAGACGCCAGCACGUGCGGCGAGCAAUCCUUUGCCCUACAAAGGCGCCACGCCCAAGUCGCCCAGGAGCUAUCAUCCAGCGCCGCCCUCGGUUUAUGCCACGUCCACACAGUCCGCCUAUGGCUAUGGCAGCUAUGAGCCUCCGCGCAGUCCCAAGAUUACCACGACCUUUGCCAACGACAGCUGCGAUGAGGUGAGCAGCUCAACACCAUCGUCCUACUACCAAACGCCCACAUCGGGCUCGGCCUCGGGAUCCAUGGACGACUCCUCGUCACUGAUGAGCGGACAUGGCGUGCGCAGUCCCAAAUCGCCGUGUAAAUUUGUCUUUGAUGCCGUCAGUCCGGGUCCCGGCAUGGAUCAGGCAGCGCUGGGCCGCAAGUUUGAGUACUACGAACCCAUCUCGCCGGAUGAUGGCUCACUGUACUACGAGCCACCGAGUUCGCCUCGUCGCCAGGGCUCCAAGAAGCUGAUGCGUUCAAAGCAGCCUCUAGAAACGUUGCCACAGUUGACCACAACAGGUGUGGGAGGGCAACGCGGGGGGAGUGGCAAGCGACGUCGCGACGAGUGGGAGCUACCGGUGAUAACCAAGAUUGAGGCACGUUGCCUCAAUGCUGCCGCAGCAGCUACAUCCACAGCAACAACUGGAGCAACAGCAGCAUCUUCUGCGGGUGGCUACAGCAGUGGAGGAGGAGCUGGAAGUGCCUCCACUGGCAGCUACUAUGGGCUAAAACGCGACUCGUGUAUUACGGAGUGCACUCAGCUUUCAAUGGAAUCGGGUGAGAUGACACAGCACACGAAUAGCACGCUGGUGACUACGACAACCACCAGCUUCAGCUACACGGACACCGAUGCUGGCCAUGUCACCAUGUCGGAUGAACCGCAUUCGCAUCGUCAGCGACGACAUGCCAUCAACAUUACCUCCAAUCCUGGCUACCAAGUGCUCCACAGCUCACACUCCACCUUGGAUCGCACCUGCUCGGACAGUGUUGUCUCGCUGCGCUAUCGAAAGUCCACCAGCGAUCUCACCAAGGACUCGGAGCACGAGCUCAGCGGCUGCAAGCCAGCCAAACCCAAGCGUGAUCCGGUCGAGUACAAGCCUCGACGUCGAGGCAGUUCCAAGGGUGGACUUGCCUAUCUGGCCAGUCGUCGCAGCUCACGCGAGUCCAUGAAGAGCGCCUGCUCCAACACAUCCAUCUUCUCCAACGAUGACAUCGGUCCGCUAGCCUUCCAGAGCUCCAAUCGCGGGCGACAGCGACGCACCUCCAAUUUUCUCGAGUUGCCAGUUCCCGAUCACAUUCGUCCGCGCGUCUGCUCGUUGCCAGAACGUCCAUAUAAUCCACGGGCCAGCGAUGAUCUGUAUCGACUGCGCCACUUUUCGAUAAGCAAGGGCAACGUGGUCAACUGUGGUGACUCGAUCAUCUCGCGCAGAUCGCGCAGCAACACCAGCGUGAACUCAACCAACAGUCGGGCCAGCGAGAGGUCGCCCUUUGAGGGCAGCUGUUGUGGCGCCGGCUAUGCCAAUGUGGACUCUCUGCCGGCCUCGCCCGAUGAAUCGGAGAAUUUGGAGCCACCUCCGCCGGCACGAUAUCGGGUCGUCAUGCUGGGCGAUGCUGGUGUGGGAAAGACGGCGUUGGUGAAUCAGUUUAUGACAUCGGAGUACAUGCACACCUACGAUGCGAGUCUAGUUUUAGACGAUGAGUUCGGCGAGAAGACGGUGAGCGUUCUGCUGGACGACGAGGAGUCCGACAUGGUAUUCAUCGAUCAUCCCAGCGUAGAGAUGAGUGUGGAGAACUCGCUUUCGACGUACGAGCCGCACGGUUGCGUUGUUGUCUUCUCCGUUGUCGACAAGGGCUCAUUUCGCAUUGCCGAGGAGAUUAUAAAUUAUUUGUGGCAGGAGAAUUAUACCAAGGACAAGGCAGUCAUAUUGGUUGGCAACAAAGCGGAUUUGGCUCGGGCUCGGCUUAUCACAUCGCAAGAAGGCAAAACGUUGGCCGCCUCACGCGAUGCCAAAUUUAUUGAGACGUCCAGCGGCAUACAGCACAAUGUCGAUGAACUGCUCGUCGGCAUAUUGAAGCAGAUGCGCCUCAAGGAGAAACGCGAAAAGAAAUCUACCUCGAAGAUGAAAACCUCACGCACCCACAUAUCCCUACAUCUGGCAAAGGAAAUUCUACAGAAAAUUUGCCUUAGCGACAUUUCCAAAUCCAAAAGCUGUGAAAAUCUUCACGUGCUUUAAGAGAAUCGAGCAAAUCAGGCAGCAAAUCAGAGCUAAACCUAAAAUACAAGAAAAACGAAAAUGAAAUAAAAUUAUUUUGCUAGUAUUUUAAAGAGACCGCAAUUUACAUAAAUACAUAGCCCAAUAUUAUCUACCAUAUAGACGUACUCGUAAAUACCUAAGUUAUAUAGCCAAUGCUCAGCUUGCUAAAACUGUUUUUGAUGUUCUCUUUUUAAAGCAUUUUUACGAGUAUUAUAAAGUCGACGAAUUAUUAUGAACGUUGCAAAUAUGUUACAGCCAAUUUGUGUACAACAUAUGUAUGUCAUACUAUAUGCAGCAAAAUAUAUGUAAAUCUAUAUGUAUGUGGGUACAGUUGAGAUGAGUGUGUGUGAGUGUACAUAAAGAAAGGUUAUUAAACUCUGACACAAAAAAAGAACCUAAUAAAAAUGUUGCUGAAAUUUGCAAAUAGUAUUUAGCAUGGACAUGCCAAAAGUCUCGUUAGCUUGACUUGGGUAGGUUAAUAAAAAUAUCAAAAGCGAAGACUUUUCUUGGUAAAAAAUUAAAGCCAAAGUUCGAAAAUGCAGAUCUAACAAGUAAGGAAUCUAUAGUCGGGAUACCCGCUACCCAUUAUUAAUAAAUGCAAAUGCGGCGUUACAGUUUAAAUAUACAAAAUAGUUAUAUACCACAACUAAAAUAUAGUGAAAGCCACAUAUGUGGAUAGACAGGUGGUAUUAUUGUAAAAAUAUACCAAAUGAAAAUACGGGAAAAAUAUUACAAUAUACCAAAAGUUGUAUGUGUACAGGCCGUCAAGCGGACAUGCACUUUUCGUGCAAAACAUAGCAAAGAGGAUAUUCAAUUAAUAUACUGAAAAAAUACUAAGACAUACCAAAAGCUCUAUCUCCUACCAAAUUAUUAUACUGAAAUAAUACUAAGAUAUAUCCUUUCUAGCAUUUGGUAUAUCUUAGUAUUCUUUCAGUAGAAUAAUUUGUUAUAUUCCCUUCUUCCUUCUUCUUUCUGUCACUUACAUUUCCUGUCGCAGCUAUAAUAUCCUAGCUAAUUGGUAACUGGGAUAAAAAGGGUAGACAGAAUAGCCUGCAGUGACUGCGCCUGCAACGUUGACCGCACCUCGAACAAACAGUCAAAGAAAACAAAGCAGCAAAUCAAGAUAUGGUAGAACAAGUCAUUAGCUCGUAGACGAGUAUAAAUGACUAGUGUCAGGCCUCCGACUCGCGAUUGUUUCUUUUGUUUAUGGCGGAUGUUUUGAUUGGGUUUCUUAGUUAAACCCAGACGGCAAUCGAACAGAGACCGAACGGGACGAUAAGUCGGGGCAAGUGUCUGGCCUUGAUGUUGGCACCGCACCUACUUUUAAAGGCAGACCUCGUUGAUAAGCGAGACGCGUGUCUGACUGUGACUUGUGAUUGGGCGUGGCACACACACAAGCACACGCAUACUCACUCACAUAAUCACAAAAAAUGCCCACAUAUGUAUGUGCUCGUAGUUAAAAGAAAUUAAGCAAAAAUUAAACAAAUAUAUUUCUAUGUGUUCCAUGCGAUUUUUAAUAUGCUGUCAAUUUUUUUCUAAGCGUGAACUCAAGAAUAGCCCACAGAAAUAUUGUAGAGAACUAUUUUAUUAAGAAUAUAAUGUUUAUAAAUGUGUUUUAAGAGUUUACACACAUACAAAUAACAUACAUAUAUACAUAUAUAGUGGAUAUAUAUUAUAAAUGCAUAUUUAUGAAAGAGCUCCUUUGAGUACUUCGAAACAAGCAAAACAAAAAAAUCUCUUCCAAAUCGUAAAGAAAACUCAUAUCGGAAUGACUGUUAAAUGUUGACUGUUGUUAUUAACUAAGCUAACACAAAAAUUGAAUAGUUCAUAAAGCCAUAUGGUAUAUAUUUAUUAAACUCUUUUAGAAGAUAAAAACAUAAUUGUUUAAGAUAUAUUUACACUAUCUUCUAACAGUUUCGAACUCAUACGCUUAAGCAAACAUACUAGGUCAAAAUCUAAUAAGACAUCUCUGGUUUUCUUUAUACUUCGCUCUCUGCUUUCGAGAAUGAACUUUAUGUUGAUUUUUCUCAGACAAUCACACACUCAACACAUACUCAAAACAUGUGCAUGCAUGCGAAGGAAACACUUCAAAAUCUGUUCGACUGUAGCUUGAAAUUUAAAAAUUUUAAUAAAAAAAAGGGGGAGAAAGUUUUGUUCGGUUAAACUUGUAAUUUGCCGCAAUGCAAACAUGGGAAAUACUCACUAGUUGAGAGCAAAGUUGCGGCAACGCUAAACUUUUUCGCCAAAACAAAACAAAACGA